CGCGCGCACACUCUGGCGGCGCGCGGAGGAGAAGUUCAGAUCAUCUGACUGAAAGUUGCGUCGUGUGUUCUUUCUUUACAGACCACGAAGCUACAAAUUCCCCUUCGUUUUUAAAAUAGGCUAUAAUUGGUGAAAUAUCUUCAUAACCGCACGGGAACGCUCCUCAGCAAAGUUUUAGGAAAUUAGUUUUUUCCUCCCAGAAGCGUUAAGUGAUGUCUCAGUCAAAGAAAAUCUUUUAUGCAUUUGUUUGGUUCUGCUUGCGUUUUGAAGGCCGGAUUGGUGUGUUUGGUGUUGAGCCCGGUGAAAUGAAAACAGCAACAGAGGGAGAUUCUGUCACUCUACAAACUGAGGUACGGAGAGGUGAAGAUCUGCUUUGGAUGUUUGGACCUCGAGAGGUCCUCAUUGCUCAAGUCAAAAAGGAGGCUGGAGUCUUCAACGUUUAUGAUGGCGCUGAUGGGAGAUUCAGAGACAGACUGGUGCUGAACUAUGACACCGGAUCGCUGACCGUUAAAAACAUCAGAUCUGAACAUGCUGGACUCUAUAAACUAGAGAUCAUAAGUAAUACAGUCUCACACUCACAAACAUUCACAGUCUCUGUCUAUGCUCGUCUUCCCAUUCCUGUCAUCACCAGAGACUCUUCACAAUGUUCUUCUUCAUCAUCAUAUUGUUCAUUGUUGUGUUCAGUGGUGAAUGUGAGUCGUGUGAGUCUCUCCUGGUACAAAGGAAACGGUUUAUUGUCCAGCAUCAGUGUGUCUGAUCUCAGCAUCAGUCUAUCUCUACCUCUGGAGGUGGAAUAUCAGGAGAAAAACAACUAUAGUUGUGUGUUGAACAACCCCGUCAGCAACCAGACCACACAUCUGGACAUCAGUGAACUUUGUUGGCCAUGUCCAGCUCCUCUGCCGAUUCCUGUCAUCACCAGAGACUCUCCAGAGACUCUCUGUUCUUCAUCAGCUUCACAGCAGAAUUGUUCAUUUUUAUGUUCAGUGGUGAAUGUGAGUCAUGUGACUCUCUCCUGGUACAAAGGAAGUGUGUUUGGUGUUGAGGUGUUGAGAGUGGAGAUACGUGAAUUGAUGGAAGGAGAUUCUGUCGUUCUAGACACCAAGUGUAUUACCAAACUACAGAAAGAUGAUAAGAUAGUGUGGAAGUUUGGAUCUAAUGUCAUAGCUACAAUCAAGGCCAAUAAUCCCUUAUUAUAUGACACUGAUGAUGCAAGAUUCAAAGACAAACUACAAAUAAACGAUCAAACUGGGGACCUCACCAUCAGAAACACCAGAACCACACACUCUGGGUUUUAUGAAGUGAACAUCACCAAUAUCACUCACACAACAUACAGGAGAUUUAGUGUUACUGUCCUUGAUGCGAUUCCUACAAAAGUUUCAGUAACGGCGGGAGGUGUGUUUGAUCCAGAUGCAGAUAAAUUAAAGCCUGUGUCAGCAAAGGAGGGAGAAUCUGUCACUCUAAAUACUGAUUUUAAAGUACAGAAAGAUGAUCUGAUGCUGUGGAAGUUUGGACGAGCCACAGUCGGAUGCAAAUAUAAUCCACUUCAUCAUGUCCCGUGUCAAAGUGAUGUGACUGCAAUCGCUAAAAUUGAUGGAGAAACCCGUGAGGUCUCAUCAGAUACUGGUUACAGUGAGAUGUUUAAUAAUAGACUGAAAAUGGACAAACUGACCGGAUCUCUUACCAUCACAAACAUCAGACCUGAACAUUCUGGGUUUUAUAUACUACAGAUUAGUAAUAACACUGGGACCAAAUACAGGAGAUUCAACGUUACUGUUAGUGCCGUCACGAAAUCCCACUCGCAUGUAGUUUGGAUGUCAAUCGCUAUAGUGCUUUUGUUGAUGGUGGCAGUUUGGUGUUUGGCUACGGGCUUUAAAAACAGGCGCAACAGGAACUUUUUGUUCGGGAAACUGAGGUCAAAUAACUGCUGUCAAUCUACAGGGGCGCAGGAACCGGAAUCAAUGCCAAAGUCAGUGAUAGAGGGAGAGCCUGUCACUCUCAACACUGAUCGUACUGAACUACAGAGAGGUGGUGUGAUAGAGUGGAAGUUUGGAGGCAGCGUCAUAGCAAAAAUCAGCAGAGCAGCCAAUAAGAUCUGUCAGAAGACUUAUGAUGGUGCUGAUGAGAGGUUCAGAAACAGACUGGAGCUGGACUGUAAGACUGGAUCUCUGACUAUCACAAACUCCAGAACCACAGAUUCUGGAGAUUAUCAACUACAGAUUGCCACCAAUGGAAAAGUGGAACUAUACCGAAAAUUCAAUGUUUCUGUCUUUGAUUCGAGUCAAAACAUACCUAAAGAGUCAGUUGAGUCUCCUUUGAUGAGUGAAGAGAUGGAGUUGGAGUUGGUAUAAUGCUAUUAACAUUGAUGAGAAAUGUGUCAUAUAUGCAUAUAUGUUAUUUGCCUCUAAAAAGUUCUACACCCAUGAAUGACCAAGAACUCACCAUAUCAGAAAUGUUAUGUACAUAAAGUGCAGCUAAUGUAUGUGAAUGUUGUGUUUUUGUACAUAUCCUUGAGCCUGUGAUGUGUUUACCGACAUGCUUUUGCUGAAAUAAUACAUUUUAUUUACUUGUGUCUAGCACUGUAAUUUUCUAAUUGAUAUGCCUUUUUCUGUGAGCGUAUAAAGUACUUAAUCAUAUCUAUAAUGCACUUUGUAUGACUGUUUAACCAAAUAAUAAUAGAAGACACUACGGCUUUAGCACUGCUAUUAUGAAACACUGGAAAUACAGCAUUGUUGCUUUAUUUUUUUUACGUUUGCUGCUCAGUGAAUAAAUGUGGGAGAAA